AUGGAUCAGAGCCCGAGUGACAACCAAGGUGGAACGCAGCUUGAAGAUAUGACCACAUACCCCCCCAAUCAGGACCCUCCGUCUACAGCCAACGAUAAUGAGGCACUCAGCCAUCCCAAUACCGACUCAGGAGCAACAGACCAAAGCAUACAUACCAAUCCAACACCACUCACGUCGGCCGCUAAUACGCCGCCCAAUCAGCCCAACAAUGUUGAGUCGGACGUUCCAGAGCAAAGCGCACAGGACAAUGCAGCAUCACCUGCGCAAUCACCUCAGCACGAUAGAGUACCAAUGGUAAACCGAUCGUUGCAAUACUUCCGUCAAAGUGCCGGCACUCCUUGUUCCCGUUGUGCAUCUAUGAAAUUAACAGAAGCCAAAUUUAUUAUUUCGGAGUAUUCUAAGCAUCAACGUGCUCCACGUAUGGCAGCGGGAAGUACUUCCGACUGUCCACUGGGUGAUCUUGGACCAGAUGGCCUAGGGCUUGGACCUCAUGAGUUCAGGCUCGGAACACUUGCACAGCUGCAUGGAAGGCGCGAGGAGUGCCCAUUUUGUGGCCUUGCCGUCAGCUCGCUGAACGACCAAUGCAAAUGGUUCAUUCAAAAUGGCGUGAAAACAGAGGAGGAUUUCUAUAUGGCCGACGUCACCUGCUUUGUUAGCUGGCAGAUUGAUGGAAGAAUAUUUAGACGUAACGAUAACGGAGAUAUCAUUGGCAGCCAGCCCUGCACACGCCGCAUACGCCUUCGUUGGGAAGUAAAGGCCCCAUUGGAGUUCGGAGAACUGUAUGAUACUUACGUCGUACUCAUGGCACCCCGGAAUGGUGGGAAGGGCCUCUUCCUUGGAAGACCUCUCAAAAAUGUUAAAACAGAUGCUGCACUGAUACGACGAUGGAUUGCAUAUUGUGAAGAUUCACAUGGCGAAGCUUGCAAGCCCCAAACACAAGCCGUUCCCCUUUCGAAGACCUUUUUCGGAGUUAUUGAUAUCACCGAAAUGUGCCUGACAAAGCUACCUCAUGGGAAGAGGUAUGUUGCCCUGAGUUAUACUUGGGGUCCGAAGGGGCAUUCUCUCAAAACAGAUCAGAAGAAUGUGAGGGAGCUCUUGAAAAGUGGCGGGAUUCGGAAUAUGGAGAUAUUGAUGCCCCGCACCAUAAAAGACACGAUCGACCUAGUUAGGGAUCUUGGGGAAAGAUACCUAUGGGUUGAUUCGCUCUGCAUUAUUCAAGGCAGCGACCGGUCAUGGGCACUGAAUUCCCGAGUCAUGGAUCAAGUCUAUGGCAACGCAUACCUGACCAUCUGUGCCGCUGAUGGAGACGAUGCUCGAUCGGGACUGCGAAUCUUAAAUACUGACCCUCUGGUCGCAGAUGGAAAUGCCAAAGAACAAUCUCUCAGUCAGAACAUAAGUCAAUACAGCCCAAACGUCCGUUUGAUGUCAAACCAGCCAGCGGAAAACUAUAUCCGGAAAUCUGUAUGGAACACUCGUGGCUGGACAUUCCAAGAGCGGCUAUUAUCCCCCCGCAACCUCAUCUUUACCGCCGGCCGUAUGUUCUUCCAGUGCCGUUGUACCGCAAGAUCCCCUGAUAUCAUUAGUGAAGAUGAAUCGGCCGGGUGGUCUAUCGAAUUCAAAGACUCUCCGCUGCUCAUGCUCCAAGAGCUCCCAAGCCGUCCUCUUUCGGUUUAUAAACAAGCUCUAGAGCUAUAUAUGGCUCGCCGAUUAACACAACCGAAGGAUAUUCUUGCCGCAUUCACGGGGAUGGGGAAUCUCAUCUGCAAUGCACUGGGGGGGAGCUUAGUGUACGGCCUGCCAUCCUCUCAUUUUGACUGGGCCCUCUUAUGGGAGCCCCGUGACGCCGCCUUUGCUCGCCCAAGUGAGGGAGGAGAGGAGUUCCCAAGCUGGUCAUGGUGCGGGUGGAAGAACACCCCUACCCAGGUCAUGGAAUACAAAGACCAAAUGUUAGCUGGAUGUGAAGAUAAUCUUCACGCUUGGCUAAUGAGGCACACCUGGAUUACCUGGUAUAUCCGCGAUGGAAACGGGAAAUUGAGGCUUGUGUGGGAUGGGAAAUCCAAGACCAAGCCUACCCAUGAAGAAUCGACCUGGAAGGGAUACCAUAUUCCCCAUGACGUCGAUUCUCAAACCCACGAUAAAUAUGGCCGGUAUGUGGAAAGGUCUGAGAGAGAAAAUCGUAUAAACAAGUCGGGAAUAUUCGAACUAAUUCUUGAUGAAUGUCCAUAUGGUGUUGAUAUUACUGGGGAACUCGAUUUAAAUACGGAUGCACGAAAUAGCAGUACCGAAAGAUACAUGCCAUAUCUUCAAUUCAAGACGUGGUCGGCUUUCUUCCGAAUUCAAGAGGACCCUCUCUCCGCGGGUGAUGCCCGAGAUUUCCGCCGGUAUAGCAUCCUCGACUAUAAGGAAGAUUGGUGCGGUACAAUCCUCUUAAACAAGUUUUGGGUAAAACUCGACAAACAAGACCCCAAUAGAGACUUGAACGUUCCGCUGGAGUUUAUAGCAAUAUCUGAUGCAAAGAAAUUUAGCGACAGCGAGUAUAAUGCUUGGUCGCAUUAUAUCCCCGUAACGCGGAAAGAGUCAUCCUGGGACCUCUACUAUGUCCUUCUGAUUGAGACGAAAUCUGGUAUUUCAAAAAGGGUGGGGUUAGGGAAAGUAUUUAAGGAGGCCUUUGAGAAUUCUUGCCAGGACGAAGGCAAGCAAUGGAAGGAGUUCAUUCUAGGGUGA